AAAUGUCAUUUUUAUACCGAAUUUACAAGAUUUAUUUUGUGUUAACGGCCGCGCGCGUUGUUUUUUAUAGCCGUUGAAGUGAUAAAACCCGUUUCGUCUAUAUUAAAUCCACAAUGAACGUUUCUGGCGGCCGCGAUCAUAACCUCGUUCGUAUCACGUAACAUCCAGAGGCUCCGAUGGUCAGGAAGACGAUGGUGUUGAGCACGGAGUGGGCGCAGGUGGAAGUGGUAGAGCUUACAAACGACGGCAACGGGCUGGGGUUCAACCUGGUGGGCGGGCGGAGCACGGGCGUCGUGAUCAAAUACGUGCUGCCUGGAGGCAUCGCCGACAAGGACGGCCGGCUACAGAGCGGGGACCACGUCUUGCAGGUGGGGUCCGUGAACCUGCGCGGGUUCACGUCCGAGCAGGUGGCCGCCGUGCUGCGGCAGACGGGCCCCACGGUCCGCCUGCUGGUCGCUCGCCCCGCGGACCCCGCCGCUGCGCUCCGUGCUCCGCUCCCCGGCACGGCGCUCGUGCCGACCAAACUGCUCGCAGACCCGGAGUUACUCGACCGACACCUCAUAGAGACGGGCUACGGCGCGGUGUACGACUUAUCCCAGUGUUACAGUGACUAUAUCAACGGUCAGAAUGGUGACAUGGACAAUCUGGUGGCAGCCGUGAGCAUCCUCAGUGACAACCCACAGCAAAUACCCGACCACCCCAUCAUUAGUGCUAUAUCUCCAACAAUAACAAUCACUGUUCCGGUGGAGUUGCCUCCUCAACCUGAGGUAGAAAUAGUUCACGUUGACUUGAAUAAGAAUGUUUACGGCUUAGGCAUCACUGUAGCAGGGUAUGUGUGUGAAAAAGAAGAGUUGUCAGGGAUUUUUGUAAAAAGCAUCAUAGAAGGCAGCAGUGCCGAACAGAGUGGUAAGAUUAGAUUAAAUGACAGGAUCAUAGAAGUUGAUGGUACUUCUCUAGCUGAUAAAAGCAAUCCUCAGGCUGUAGAGAUAUUAAGAAACACAGGUAUAUCUGUUCACUUAGUUUUAGAAAGAUAUUUGAGAGGUCCAAAGUUUGAGCACCUACAGCUUGCUAUAUUCAAUGAAGAGCGACCCACCUCGCCUUCCCCCUCUACUACGACUCUGAGCUGGUUCCCAGUGCCUUCCCAAGCUGAUAAUAGUAUUACAGAAAUUGAACCAGAACCAGAGUCAAACACCACAAUAGACUCAGGUGUGCCAGAAGUCGGGGAAAUUGAAUAUGAACCCACACAGGAGGAUUUAGAUAAAAAAUUUGAUGCAAUAUUAGCUAUAGAUAAAGAUGAAAUAAAGAAAAAGUGGAAGGUGGAAUUUGGAUCUGAAAAAGAAAUUUUAAUUGCCGAAGUGCAUAAAUUAUCAGGUUUAGGGAUAAGUCUAGAAGGAACAGUGGAUGUGGAAGGUGGCCAAGAAGUCAGACCUCAUCAUUAUAUUAGAUCAGUUCUUCCAGAAGGUCCUGUAGGUGUACAAGGCUUGUUCACAGCUGGUGAUGAAUUAUUAGAAGCGAAUGAACAUCAAUUGCAUGGAUUAACACACACUGAAGUUGUAAAUAUACUAAAACAGCUGCCCAACCGUGUACGUUUAGUUUGUGCUCGCAGCAGCACAGACAGUGGGCCGAGGCCUGUAGUGAACUUAGCACAAGAUCGUGAAGGGUUUGAAGCUAGAAAAAUUAUAUCAGGAAGUUUGAAUAACCUCACAACAAUAGUAAAAGCUCAAUCUGACACAUCUAUCAAUACAUCAAGUACAGCGACACUAACCAAUCAUUCAGGUUCCAAGAAAUCACGAUCCUUGGAGUGUGUAUCAGGUCUAGCUAUGUGGCAGAGUAAAGAAGACAUUGUUGAACUGUUCAAAGGUGAUCAAGGGCUUGGAUUCUCAAUCUUGGACUAUCAAGAUCCUGUUGAUCCUAACGGCACAGUUAUAGUCAUCCGGAGUCUAGUGCCUGGUGGGGUGGCUGAGAAAAAUGGGGAAAUCUCCCCAGGAGAUAGAGUGAUGUCUGUAAAUGGAGCUAGUAUUAAGAAUGCCACGUUAGAUCAAGCAGUUCAAGCAUUAAAAGGAGCACCCAGGGGCAUAGUAAGAGUGGGCAUUGCAAGGCCGCUCCCCACAUAUGAAUCAACAAAAUCAAAAAGCACCACAACACUCAAUACUAAAGAGAGUUAAUCUUAGUUUACAUAAUAUUUACACUUUAGCUCGAGAGCUGGUGGGAAAUUAUGAAUAAAUACUUCAUAAAGGCCUACAGAUAUAUAAUAUACAAGCUUUUUACAAUAAUUCAUGUACCUUGUAAUGGUUGUACUCAUUCAAAAAGUUUCCUAUAAUUCACCAAAGUUUCUGUAAAAGACACACAUACUAAGAAAUUUUAUUUUACUCUAUAUGUUUAUUAUACAUGAGUUAAAAGUGAAUAAAAAUGUACAAUUACAGGAAUCAUUAAAUAUUUUUAACUCUUUAUUCAAUAUGUGAGUCUGCACUGUGGAAUCUAAAAUUAUAGGACACUAACUUAAUAAUUAAACCCAUACCCCUGAGAGGUUAGCAACCAGUUGAUAGUGUCUCAUCUUGAUUAAUCCUGCUUUUAUUAAGUACUUGUUCUAAAUUUCCCACCAAGCACUUAGACCAUACUGUGUACAACUAGUCAAAGUUGAAACCAUAUCUAUUUUACGCUUAGUUAAGCAAGUUUUACACAAGGCAUUUAGAAUGCUAAUGUGAAAUAAUAAAAUACUAGUAAUGUAUUAGUGGAGCCUAAGUUUUACACUUAAUUUAGUAGUUUUAGGAGGGCUAUUCUGCUGUCUUUCAACUAAAAAGUGGUUCAAAUUUUGUUGAAAAGUGUGAUGAAAAUUCUAUCAACAGCCUGUUUUAACGGUCCUCUGCAUGGUCAGGCCUCCCUCCUUAAAGGAGAUGGGAAAUGGAGCUUAAACCCACUAUUCUGCUCCAAAUUUGGGUUGGUAGGCUUACAGAGUUAAUAUUAAAUUCAUUAUCAACCACUAUCAGAUGUUAACUGCGGCUUAACCUGUUCUCUGAGGCAUAGGGUGUAACACUGAAUUCCUAACUCUGGUCUGGACCAUGUGAUUUUGGUUCCUCAUGAUCCAAAAUCACAUGGUCUAAUGACCACAGUUACAUAGACCAAUGAGGCAGUAAAAAAAUCAAUUAAAAACAUGAUAAUUAAAUUAAAAGUAAAGAUAACUUGGAGGUAAAAAUUCUAUAAAACUACACACAGAUUGCAUAACUGUGAUUGUUACAGACACUAGCUGACGCCGCGCGGUUUCACCCGCGUGAUUCCCGUUCCCGUUCUCGUUGUAAUACGGGAAAAAUAUAUAGCCUAUAGCCUUCCUCGAUAAAUGGGCUAUCUAAUACUGAAAAAAUUUUUCAAAUCGAACCAGUAGUUCCUAUGAUUAGCUGGUUCAACCAAACAAACAAACAAAUAAACAAAUAAACAAUCAAACUCUUCAGCUUUAUAAUUAGUAUAGAUUAUCCCCCUGUGCCCGCCAACCGGCAUUGGAGUUGUAUUCAGGGUCUAAGCUCCAAAUUCCCCUUUUAAGGCCCUGCAAUAGGCCUGUAAUAAUGACAAUACAAGUCAUUAAAAAAUUUUUCUUGUACUUAUUAUUGUAUAUAACUGAUUUAGAGCUAAAUAUUUGUUGUGUAAAUACAUACAUAGUUAAUGCCUAAUGAAGUCUUUUACUUAAGAUAUUCAAACAAAAAUUAUUUUUAAAAGUAGACCAAAAAAUAUUUAACCUUAAAUUCAUGACUGCUGCCAAAUUUUAGUUAAAGGAUGGCAGUAUUGCCUCAAGUAUAUGUAUCAUGUAGUUAGUAGUUUCUAUAUAUAGGUAGCUGAGAGAAAAGUGGCACAAGUCUGUUUUUGACAUUUUUUUGUUCACUUUAUUUUUUAGUGUUACAAAAUGGUACCUGUACUUACAAUGUUUAGAAAUUUGUAGGAAUAGUUUAUUUUCACAAGAGACCAUAUUGUUUUUCUAAUUAAAAGUAACUUAAUUGUGUCUCCUUUUCUCUUAUCUACAGUUUUAUAUACUUUGUCCAAAGCUCACAAAAUUCAAAGUAACAACUUACUUAAUAAUGAGCUCAAAAUCUGUAAUACAAUAAUGCCUUACGCUUUAUUAGAUUAUUAAUUAUAAUAAUCUGUAUUUUAUAUACUCACUAUCACAUUUCAUUUUGUAAUGCACAUUUUACACAUUCAUUAAUGCCUCAUUUGUUUGUGCACGAAAACUAAACCAAAGUACUCAAAAUACUGUUUAGAGGACUUAAAAGAGGAUAUUGUGACUUUUAUUCUACCAAUUCUAUAAUGUAAAAUGCAUUACUCUAUCCACAGGAUAACUGGGCUUUAUUUCCCAGCAUAGAUCAGUUUUAGAUUACAAUUUUUCUAAAUUAGUUCAGGUCCAGUCCAUUUACAUGUCUACACUACAAACAAAAGUCCUACAAAAAACGUUGUUUUUGUAACAAACAAAUUAGCACAUAUUUUAUAUUAUACCUAUUGUAGAACAUAAUCAUAUUCAUCCUAUUAUAUUAUUUUUCAUUCUUCGCCACAAUAUUCAACCAUAACUCGAUCAACUACAGGGUUACUGCGUAUCAACAUAACAAGAAACAGCCGAAACAUCUAAAAUUGAUGAUUUUGUAUUGCAACUUUGAAAAAUAAUCGCUAUUUACUUACUACUAGAUCAAAAAAUAUAUCUCAAUUUAAAAAAAAAUAUGAGUUUUGGUUUACCUAUGUGUGAACCUUCAAAACACAGUAGAAUGGGUUGAGAUAAAGUUUCUAAACCCACUAUCUUAUCAUUAUAUAAAGUAAUUGAGAAAACAAAUAAUCUCUUAAUGGUGUAUACUUUUUCGCUCGUUAACUAAAUGUGUUAAUGAAAUGUACCUCAGUAGUGGAUUCCAUUAAAACACCAGUAAAAUGUACCUGCACACAAAUUGGGGUCAACAAUCGUAAAAUUAAAACAACUCUGUGAUCACCCUGUAUAAGAGUAGGUAUAUUAUAUCAUAAUAAUUAUCUUCUUUCACCUAGAUGUAGAUAUAGGAUAGACACAAAUAUUGUAGUUUUUAACCUAAGGGAGCAAUUAUAUAAAGUAUGUUUAUGUAAAUAAUCUAAAUUUUGAAUCUCUGAAAAAUAAAAAUAAAUGUUGUAUCAAAAUUCAUCUAUGAUGAUAUUUGACUUUGAUAUUAAGUAAGUAAGUACAAUCAAAAAAUAUUUCUUCAACCAUACAUAUUUAAAGCGGAAGUUUAUUAUAAAACAGAAAUCGUAAUAAUAAUGUAAUUAUUAAAAACUAUAAGUAUUUGCAUCAUGAUUAAGAAUUAAAAGUCAAAUAUCAUCAUAUAUUUAUAAUGUGACCAGAAAUUUUUCUUUUUUCCUAAAAAGCUAAUAAAAAAAUGAGCAAUACCUAUGGUUUCAUGGCAAUAACUCUGAUCAGUAUUACUGAACCAUGACAUUUUUAAAUUACAAAAAUGAAAAAAAAAAAUGGGAUUCUAGUCAUUAAUAAUCCCUAUAAACAAAAAGUGCACGGUUAGAAAGGCACAUGUGAUAUUUUUAUUUAUUAAUAAUAUGUAUAUUAUACAAAAAAUCUUAAAAAUUCUAAGUAUCUACUUUUACAAUAUUUGAUAAUUUAACUUAACGACUAUGCGAAAACAAUUUUUUGCUGUUGGUAACAAAAUGUGGAUAGGAAUUAAACUGGUAUUUAUCAUAAAUACAGUAUACACUGUGUUUUAUUUGUAUGAGAAAGUUCUAAACCGGUAAGAAAUAUUUUAAGUUUUUAACAACUAUUUUCCUUCGUCGUCCGCAUGAAAUUCAGUUUUUCACAAAUCCCGCGGAAACCAUGGAUUUUUUUCGGGAUGGAAGGUUUUUCGCGAGUGAAAUCUAUUUUCAUUCCAAAUUUCACUAAAUCGCUUCGGUAGCCACUGCACAAAGGAUACAAACAAACAUACACACUUACACACAAACUUUUGCAUCUAUACAUUAGUGUGAUGUGAUGUGAUAUUUAACAAAUUAAAGUGACAAUAUCAUAUGCUAGCAAAAUAAAUAUCAAAACGUUGAUGAAUUCAACGAAUUUUCGAUCAAAGAUGUUAUAAGUAAUAAGUAUCUAUUACUUCAUUUAACCUAAAGCUUGAACGCUGCAUUUAUUUACGCUUUUUUUCUUUAAUGUUAUAUUUUUUAAUAAUAUUAUCUCCGCAUUAUUGUUAUGUACUGUAUGUCUUUUAGUAUAUUUUUUACAGAAAGAAUUAUGUAAGAUGACGUUAAAAUACAUACAUAUUGUUGUAAAAAUACCAUAUUAAUAAUAAAACAGUAUAUUGUUACCAAUAUCACCUCCCUAAACAUUUAUCGUUGUUAAAAUCUGUACAAUAGAAAAAGUGUAAAUACCUACCAGAAGAAUUAUGAUAGCUAUCAUAGAAAAUCUGUUUCAAACAAUCAUAUUAUAUAAAAGUUGAGCUUCUUGUGUAAUUUUUAUUGUUUACAAAUAUAGUCACUUCAGUUAACUGUUUUAAAUGUUCAACCAACCAACCAAAAGUUUUGUAACUCAGUAAGUCAGUUUGUAAUCCCCAAAUCCAUAAGACUAAGAAAUUUCUAUGUAAAGUGGGGGGCGGGGACGAAAGGUCUGGGCCGGGAAUGGACAAUCCCCUUUACAUCAUGUCUCAUAAAAUUGUUAGCUUUAAUAAGUUUGUAAUAUUCUGUGUACUUUUGUCAUAUACCGUUGGUUGAUAAUUUUACGCUAACUCUAGUGAAAAUUAAAAAAAAAGAAAGUUGCACUUGAGGUCAAUGCGUAGGCAUUAGAUUACAGACGAGAUUUUAAAUUAUAUACUUAAUAAAAAAAAAACAGAUUAUUCCCAGAUUCUGUCAAUAUCCAAUACAAAUGUAAGAUAUCUUCCUUCACCCGACUGAAAAUAGAUUAAAUAAAAUGUAUAUACUCGGAAAUAUGUGAGAAUACUCGACUAUAAAAUAUAGUAAAGUUGUAUGUAAUUAUUUUACUUAUAAAACUCAGAUUACUGAGCAUUAUGAGUUCCUUAAUAGUGGUUGUGGAUUUUGUCACUUUUUAACUUUGAACUUAUAUUGUAUAACUUUAUUUAUGAACAAUAUAUUGUUAGUUAGGUGAUAUAUAGGCUUUAGAUAGUUCACUUCUAACCUUUUAGUAGCUCUUCAUAUCAUAACGUAGAACAAAUUACAAUCUGUCUAAAAAUUAAAAAUGAAAAUUUUUAAGUUGUACAUGUUUACAUAAGAUGUAAUUUUUCUAUAAGAAGCCGACGCACAUCAUCAUUAUCUUUUCACAGUAGAAAAUUAAGAAGUAGUAUUCUCACAUAUUCCUGCAGUAAUAAAUAAAUUGUUAUAAUAUAGCUUUCAUUAUAUAUGUAUAGUUGGACACUGUGCGUUACGACCACACGGCUAGCCGUACCUACACUUGAUAAAAUAGAAUUAUUAAAAAACGAAAUAAACAUAAGUAACUA